GGCCAGUUGGGGUGCUUAAUGUGAUCAAGGUCUGCCGUGUAACACAAGGGAGGAGUGACUCGAAAUUGGAGAAUUGACAGGACCCCAUUGUGUAAAGCCUUGCAGGCCAGGAUGAAGAGUCUGAAUUUUACUCAAUAUCCACUGAAAAGCUUUUGGAGGGUUUCAUGCCUGACAUGGUGUGUGUUUUAAAAGAUCACUCUGGCUACUAUGUGGAAAAUUUAUUGUGUUGGGGAGCAAGAGAGACAGAUUAAGAGGUGGAGAGUUAACGACAGCUGAGACUCAUAAUGAUAAUAGCGCAAGACAGAAUGGGUAGAUUCAGAUACAUUUUAGAGGUCGAGUUGAUAGCACUUGGUGAUGGAUAACGUGAGGAAGAGGGGAAAGAAUCAAAAUGACUUGAGCAGUUGGGUGGGUCAUGUGACUGUUUACUAAAAUGGGGACAACAGGGAAGAGUAGAUAUUGAUGGAGAUUGUCAGGAGGAAGAAUUUCACUGGGGCCUAUGAAGUUUUAAGUGCCUUUUAGACAUUGAAGUAUAUAUAGAUAGAUGUUAGGUAGAAAGUUGGAGCCUGGAGUUAAGGGGAAAGGUUGGAGCUGGAGAUCAGUAUUUAAAAAUACCCAAGGAGAGUGUGUUACGGUUUUAUGGAUAUGUGCUAUUUUAGUUGUUUCAGUAAUGUUCAACUAUUUAGAAAAAGAAAAGACAUGAUUGAUGUGACUAGGGAAAAAAUUUGAGAUCUAAAGUAUACUUUGGGUGAAAGGAAAAAGAGGAAGAUUUAAAGGAUGGUGAUCUUGAUAAAGCAGGUGUGAUAGAAAAGGAAGAACAAAAAGAAUUGGAAGAUGUUUUAAGAAUUGGAUAUUAAGAUAGUAAUAUUUCAAAAGCAGGAUGGUCUAAUAGUGAAAUGAUUAUGAUUAUUGAGUGAAAUGAGACAGAUCAUUGGCACUAUAGAGAUUAAAAAAUGUGAUGGUAAGAGCGUUGGGUAAAUUGUUCUCGUGAGUGUUGAGGUUGUCAGGAUAAUAGUAAGAAUGGGGUGGAAAAGACAACUCAACAAUGACUGUGAGAUGACAGUGACAAAGAAGAUUCAGCAGCUGGAUGGCAUGAGCUUGAGUGAGUUGUGGGCAGGAGGGGAAGGAUUUGGGAGGAAGGAGAAAAGUAGAUGAGAAAGAAGUUUCCAACAAAACUUGAUUUAGAUCCCUCAGACCCCUGAACUGCACACUUCUAUUCCCUUCUCGCCUUUUCCAGUGCUACCAUCCUCACCUUCCUUCCAGGGCAUUUGUGCAGAUGGUUGUCGGUUAAGCAGGAAUGUGCUUAAUGUUUUAGGAAGCAGUAACAUUCAAGGAUUCCUCUGUGGACUUCACUAGGAGUGGGGUCCCCACACUCGGAGGAAGCUGCGCAGAGCUGUGAUACAGCCACUUGGUCUCUGUGGUUACCCAGUCCCCGUGUGUUUCCCAGAUGCGAUCUCUUAGUAGAACAAGUUGAAGUCUUAUGAUCACAAUAUGAUACCGGCAUGCACAUCCUCAGCUGAUACCCAACCCUCUUUGGUGCAUGCAGGUUCUACUUAUAGGGGACACUUCUGCUGACUGAGCGUGGGAUGGAUGUGCCCCUCCAAGCAGGAGACUUGAAUGAAAAUUCUGUGGAGAACCUUCAGGAGAAAGGACUUAGGGAUCUGUUACAUGAAGAGCUUUCCUGCUGGCUAACUUGGGAAGAGAUGGCCAGCACAAAAACUGGGAAUCAGGAUUAUAUUGUGAACCUUCAAGGGGAAGUGUACAGCCCUGACCUAGAUCUUUCCCCUUGUCAAAAGUGGGAAGAAGCAUCUUCUCACAUUUCCAGAAAUAAGAGCAGUGUGGCGACCCUUCAAAGUGAUGAUUUCAAAAACAUGGAAAAUGAAGAUUAUUUGUCUUUGAAAGUUCAGAGCCAUAGGAACACAGAGGACUCCUCAGUGACAUUCUGUAAGAAUGAACACCAGGAUCCUCAGGAAAGCAAAAAUCUGUUUGUAACUGAAGAAACCACUGAAAGAAAAUUAAUAGGGGGGGAAAGUCCUCCCAUAGACCAUUGUUCAGAGAACCAUCAUAUUAAACUUAUGUCUGAUGUAACAGAACUGGUCUCACCAUUGUUCAGUGAUGAGGCAAUUUGCCAGAAUGGCCAAUCGAAAGAACCCUUAGAUCCCUUUAACUGUAACUACAAAGACUUUUAUGGUUGGAAAUCACGGGUGGUCAGCCAUCAGAGAGCUCAUAUGGAGGAGCAUCCCUGUAACCAUUAUGACUGUGGGAAGACACCUCACACCAGCUCAGUGAGUCAUCCACAAGAGAAAAUCCACACUGUAGAGAAACAACAUCGAUGUAGUCGGUGUGGUAAGGACUUCAGUGAGAGCUCAGAACUACUGCUUCAUCAGAGAGUCCACACAGAAGAAAAGCCCUACAAAUGUGAACAGUGUGGGAAGGGCUUCACGAGAAGCUCAAGUCUCCUCAUCCAUCGAGCAGUCCACACAGAUGAGAAACCUUAUAAGUGUGACAAGUGUGGGAAGGGCUUCACGAGGAGUUCAAGUCUGCUCAUUCAUCAUGCAGUCCAUACAGGCGAGAAACCUUAUAAAUGUGACAAGUGUGGGAAGGGCUUUAGUCAGAGCUCCAAGCUGCAUAUCCACCAGCGAGUGCACACUGGUGAGAAGCCUUAUGAGUGCGGGGAGUGUGGAAUGAGCUUCAGUCAGCGCUCUAACCUGCACAUCCACCAGCGAGUCCACACAGGAGAGAGGCCUUACAAGUGUGGAGAGUGCGGGAAGGGCUUCAGUCAGAGUUCAAACCUUCAUAUUCACCGAUGCAUACACACGGGGGAAAAACCUUACCAAUGCUAUGAGUGUGGGAAGGGCUUCAGCCAGAGCUCGGAUCUCCGCAUCCAUCUCAGAGUCCACACUGGAGAGAAGCCCUAUCACUGUGGCAAGUGCGGGAAGGGCUUCAGCCAGAGCUCCAAACUCCUCAUCCACCAGAGAGUGCACACGGGAGAGAAGCCCUAUGAGUGCAGCAAGUGUGGGAAAGGCUUCAGCCAGAGCUCCAACCUCCACAUUCACCAACGAGUGCACAGGAAAGAUCCCUGUUAGUGAGGUCUUCAGUCACAUGCUUUUCCCCUAAAGACUUAAAUAUGUUUAACAUCACUCGUAUCUUUAUAUUCAGUGCAGGGAAGAGAGAAGAGUUAUUAAGAUAUGCUCCCUCACUGAAAAUCAUUUGUUCAUUCGAAGUAUUUGAAAUAACAAGAACUUUGUUAGACUAUAUAAUGAAUUGAUUGUUUUAGUUCCUUAGUUGGGUAGAGUGAAAACAUCUGUACUCUGUAGUUCAGCCAGUGUUACUAGAACUACAUAUCCUACCCAGCAUUUGUAAUGGCAAGAACUUUAUAUUUAUCCAAGCAGAACAUGUUUCCCUUUUUCACAAUCUCUGAGAAAUGUGAACUCUGGUUUCUCUUCAAAUCAUGUGCCUUGUUUUUCAUAUUUCCUUCCAGCCCUGAGUAGCCCUGUCUAAACUAUGAUUGUUGAUUUUAAGCCAAGGGGUGGUUGGAGAUAUAGUAGACAUGGAAAUUUGUUGUUUUUAUUGCAACAAUGUACAACAGUCUGUGACCACACAAGAAGGUAGAGAACAGCUACUCGUGUGGUACACCUCACAUAUCAUUUUACAGGAUGUUGAACGCCCUCCUCCUCCGAAAGCAACUGCUUAGGAACAUAAGUACUAUAGUUCUUUUUCCUAGAUGCAGCUAGUCUUUUGGGGUUCCUCCAGAUACCACCAUCUCAUAUGACUCUCCCAAACUAAAGCCAAGUAGGUUACCUACAUGGUAUUGAAACAUGUCAAAUGUUUCAUGGUGUUGAAACACUUAAAUGAAUUCAGUUCCUCUCUCAACACUUCCCUCUCAUUUCCUUAAUUUCCUUCACCACCCCUGUUCUAAACUAAAGUUUCAGGAGAGAAAGUUUCUGAUAUUUGUCUCUUCAGGCUUAUGUCUAUGUUAAUAUUUGAAGUACCCCAAAAAAAGUAAUUUGUUUUUGCAGCAUCCCCAGCCUCUUUAGACCUCACUAUAGACAUCCAACUCUAAAAGUACUAUCAUAUAAAAAUAGCUAUAUAAAAAUAUUUAAAUCAUAUUUGGAGAGUAAGUUUGG